AUGAAUUCUUCCGGCUUCCUACCACUUCCCGAGAGUUGUUGUCAAUAUUGGAUUAUAUCUUUCCAGGUCCUAGCAAAGCGGUACGAAUGCAACGAUGUGCCAGGCUUUGUUCGGAAACUGUACAUUGUAAGGGACAAGGCUGCGGAGCCCCGUGUAAACACUCAUAUCGCUGUCUUGACAUAUCACUGGAAAUCUGAACCGGUGAUAGCUAGAGCCAAUAGGGAUGCUAUAAUAACUAGGAAGCGGCAAGCAGAACAGGCUGAUGCUCAAGCUUCACGAAGCCGUGCAGGAUUGGAAAAUGCAGAUGCGCCUCCGGUCCGUAUGAAGCGUUCGACGGGAACUGGUUCACGGGCUAGUAAUGGAUGGAUAUUAAGGCCGAAAGCACUUCCUAUGAUCGAUGCAUUGUCACGAGUUUGUCUCUCGCAUUCGGAUCACUUGCGGCGACUUGCUCUCACGAAAAAAUCUGAAAAUCUCUGCCGUCUUGCUGCGAUUUUGGAUCGAGCUGAACCGAUCAUGGAACGAUUUGAGCAGUACUUUCUAUCCAACUGUCAAAACGCUCGUCAGCAUCUCAGCGACAGCAGUGCUGUGUGGGUGGAGCAGACGCCAAAUGAUCAUACUGUUGAACAAGGAGGACUAGUGAAAGCGGCGGAUCAGGAACUUGAAGAAUGCGUCAUCGAUUUGCUUAAGAAGAUGACGACGCCCAGCAGACGACGACUUAUGCGUGAUUUCAAGAAACUCCAGGAGGAUCCGCCUGCCGGUGUUUCUGGAGCUCCAACGGAGGAUAACAUCCUUGCGUGGGAGGCGAUUAUUUUCGGACCCCAAGACACCCCGUUUGAAGACGGUACUUUCAAGCUAUCAUUGGAAUUUACUGAAGAGUACCCUAACAAACCACCAACGGUGAAAUUCAUUUCGAAAAUGUUCCACCCUAACGUGUAUGCAGAUGGAUCGAUUUGUUUGGACAUCUUGCAGAAUCGUUGGUCACCAACGUAUGAUGUCGCAGCGAUUUUAACGUCCAUACAAUCGCUGUUGGAUGAGCCCAAUCCCAACUCUCCAGCGAACUCUCAUGCUGCCCAGCUGUAUCAGGAGAAUCGCCGCGAGUAUGAGAAACGCGUUCAACAGAUUGUUGAGCAGUCGUGGCUGAACUUCGGCGAGAACGAGGGUGAUAUGGAAGUGAAGGAUGGAAGCGACGAUACGGGAAACAACGAUGAAAUGCCAUCAGCUAGUGGAUCAAACUAA